AGAGACAGGUUGAUGGAGCAAGGUGCCUGGCCUGGGUGGGGAUGUGGUGGCGAGAAUGCAGCAGUAGAUGUGGCAGAGUGUGCCUUUGUUAUGGGCCAUCCAGAAAGGUCCUGCUGCAUCUGAGCAGCACGAGCCCUCCGGGAAGUAGGUCCAGGGUGGGUUUGAGGAGUUCAGGACCUAUGGAUUGGCACACAGGCUGAAAAAGGAGGCCGCUGGCAAAGGCAGGUGCAAAGCCUUGGUCCCUUCGGAGAAUCAUCCAUCAUCAGAGAGGACCCAGAUAAACUAGAUGGCAGCGACCGAGGCGGUGCACCACAUCCACCUACAGAACUUUUCGCGCUCACUCCUGGAGACCCUCAAUGGGCAGCGGCUAGGCGGUCACUUCUGCGAUGUGACUGUCCGCAUCCGUGAAGCUUCCCUGCGUGCGCACCGCUGCGUGUUGGCCGCGGGCUCACCCUUCUUCCAGGAUAAGCUGCUGCUUGGCCAUUCAGAGAUUCGUGUGCCCCCGGUGGUGCCCGCGCAGACGGUGCGCCAACUGGUCGAGUUCCUGUACAGUGGCUCGCUGGUGGUGGCUCAGGGUGAAGCGCUGCAAGUGCUCACAGCAGCGUCCGUGCUUCGCAUCCAGACCGUCAUCGAUGAGUGCACGCAAAUCAUCGCACGUGCCCGUGUCCCCAGCACCCCAGCGCCUGCACCUCUGCCACCACCCGUGCCCCCUCCACUUGCUCCUGCGCAGCUGCGCCACCGUCUGCGCCACUUGCUGGCCGCCCGCCCCCCGGGUCACCCCAGCGUAGCGCACAGCCGCAAGCAGCGCCAGCCUGCACGCCUGCAGCUGCCUGCACCCCCAGCACCCAUCAAGGCCGAGGGGCCAGAUACGGAGCCAUCGCUGACUGCCGCCCCUGAAGACAGAGGUGAAGAGGAAGACGAUGAGGAGACAGAUGAAGAGACCGACGCCGAAGAGGGUGAAGGCGGCGGCGGCCCAGGCGAGGGCCAAGCGCCCCCUGCUUUCCCCGACUGCGCAGGGGGCUUCCUUACAGCCACAGCUGACAGUGCGCGUGAGGACCCGCCUGCAUCCACCGGCAUCACUGAUUAUAGUGGUGCCGGCAGAGAUUUCCUUCGCGGGACUGCUGUGACCGAGGAUGUGUUCCCAGAUAGUUAUGUGUCUGCUUGGCAUGAGGAAGGCAACGGGGGUCCAGAAGGUUGUCCGGUGGAAAGUUCUGCUCCACCUGACUGUGCUCUAGCUGGGCCUCGACCUACCAGUGUGAAGACCCCUGGACCACCUGUGGCUCUCUUCCCCUUUCACCUGGGUGCCCCAGGUCCGCCAGCACCAACACCUCCUACUCCAUCAGGGCCAGCCCCUGCACCCCCGCCCACCUUCUACCCCACACUCCAGCCAGAUGCAGCCCCCAGUGCUCAGCUCGAAACUCCCACUGUGUCUGCUGCCCCUGCUGCUCCAGCCACAGUCAUCUCAGGCACUCCUGGGCGCGCACCUGGUGCCUCAGGUGCUGAGCAACCUGCCUAUGAGUGUAGCCACUGCCGCAAGACUUUCAGUUCCCGGAAAAACUAUACCAAGCACAUGUUCAUUCACUCUGGGGAGAAGCCACAUCAGUGCGCAGUGUGUUGGCGAUCCUUCUCGCUACGUGACUACCUGCUCAAGCAUAUGGUCACACACACUGGCGUGCGAGCCUUCCAGUGUGCUGUGUGUGCCAAGCGCUUCACGCAGAAGAGCUCACUCAACGUGCAUAUGCGCACACACCGGCCGGAGCGCGCGCCCUGCCCUGCCUGUGGCAAGGUUUUCUCCCACCGCGCACUGUUGGAGCGCCACUUGGCAGCUCACCCGGCACCUUGAUUGGGAUCCAGCUGUACACAGUAUGGAGGUGCAGUCAGACCCCUGGACUCGGUCCACUCCACCAGAAGGCUCUUGCUCCGGAGUAUGGGACCCUCUCUCUUCCCCACUCUCACCCCAUUUUCCCUGUGGACUUGGGACUCAGAACCCGAUUUCCCUCCUACACAUGCUUAGCAUCUCUGGAUGGGACAUGCCUGGGUGGAGGAUGGUCAGGGACUCUGCCACCUCAGAGACCUAGACCAUUUCCAGGUUGAGCUGGGCACACAGACUCUUGCAACCUGAUGCAGGAUUUUCGCCCCACCCCCUAUUAGGGUAUCAUGUCUAGGGCUGGCCUCUGCCCUGAUGCUGGGCUAGUGUCGAGUCCUGCUUGACAUGCUGAACGGGUUCUGAAGGGGGGAGUGUGGGGGAAACGAUAGCUAUGAAAUAUAGAUGUAGAUGAAGAAAAAGACAGAGACACAGGAUAACUUCCAGAGGUUCUGGGUCAGUACCGCAGACCUCGACUUUAUUGCUAACAGCCUUUAUAUACACAAAAGCAAAGGGAGGCAAAAAGACCUCCCCCUUUCGAGGACAUCGCAGUUCAAAGUACAGUUAAGUGUAAACACUUCCUUAGUACUCAAGAUCUCUGGCGGCCACACCUUACAGCAAGCAUCCUGUAAAUAGGCCUUGAGGUGUAAGAUACCUGGUAACCAGCCUUUGGCCAAAACAUCCUAUCAUGCUGUCUUGCAGGGGAAAAACAAGCUCGGACUCUCUGAUCAAGAUGAAAACAGGCCACAAGCUGGGGGUCUCUGGGCCCCCACAUGCUAGAAUUCUCUGACCUCACCCCCAGUCUGGAGCCACCCUUCCCUCAUUUGGCACCCAUGGAGGCUCAGAUGGACCUACCAUGGGACUUUAGAAUUCCGUUCUAAUAAAGGACAUUGGGCCAGUG